AUGUCGCCGUCGGGUUUGAAAGCUGAAGCUAAAGAGAAGGCAGAAGAAAUAGCAGCCGAGGCACAAAAAAAAACGGAAGAGGACGCCAUCAAGGCAUACAACAGGGGUAGCAACAACACUGGCAUACAACAACCGUACCCAUCCAAGUUUGGCAACCCAAUCACUGCAUCAACGAUUGAGUAUCCGAUGGAGGUUGACCUAGAGGAUGUCGUGCCGAUUAGUGGGAUUGCCGACGAGCGGUUCAAACGCAAUUAUUAUCUAUUCUCGGAGAUCUUCGAUGGAAAAAAGGUGACGAAAAAGCUGAAGUCAUCUGAUCCAGAGACGAAGAAUCAAAUCCGAUACCUUGAGGAGGCGGAGGAUCAAUGCGAGGCAGAAAUUGAGAAGAUGGAGACAGACUUCAGUACUAAAUAUGGCAAGAGGAAAUCUUCUCAGGAUAUGUGGAUGAAGGAUCUCAAAGAGGUUACGAAGUGUAAGACCAAAGCGGCGUUGGAUGCGUUUGUCGCUGCGAGGCCGAAUCUGCAACUACCGGAUAUCACGAAAGACAUGCUGCGCUCAAUGCCGGACUAUAAAACUAAGCGAAUCACCGCUUCUAGCGCUCACAAGGACGCAGCGACAGCUACUAGUAGUGUACGCAUAGCACAAUUGUAAAACUAUAAAGGAUCAUCGAGUCUAACACCCUCGAUAUUUCUAUUGAAGUUAAAUUUAAAUACAUGGUCAUCAG